AUGUCCCUCCCUCACCCGCGCCGCAUCGUCACCGGCCACGACGACCAGGGCAAAGCCAUCUUCCUCACCGACUCGCGUGUGCCGCUGGAGACCACCAAGCUGGGCGCCAGCCUCGGCGUGCUCUGGGAGACCAAGCAGUUCCCGGCCGACAACUCGGGCAGUCAGGAUCCCAUAGCCACGCGCACGACCGACCUCGCCAACAAGAACGGCGUGGUUCUCCGGGUGGUGGAUAUCGAGCCCGGCACGACGGAGGCCAAGAUGCUCUUCCACCGCACGGAAUCGCUCGACUUUGGCAUUUUGUUUGACGGCGAGGUCUCGUGCUACCUCGACGACGGGGCCAAGGUCGACAUGAAGCCCGGCGACGUGUGUGUGCAGCGCGGCACGAUCCACGGGUGGACCAACACGGGCACCAAGACGGCGAGAAUGUACUUUUGCCUGAUAGCCGCCAAGCCAGUUACGGUGGGCGACAAGGAACUCGGGGCACACGGCUACCACAAGGAGGAUGUCGCGUCAGGAGGGACCUGA